AUGAGGGAAGUUAUUAGUAUCAAUGUCGGUCAAGCUGGUUGCCAAAUCGGUAAUGCCUGUUGGGAAUUGUACUCUCUUGAGCACGGUAUCAAGCCAGACGGUCAUCUAGAAGAUGGCCUCUCAAAACCUAAAGGUGGAGAAGAGGGCUUUUCCACAUUUUUCCACGAAACCGGACAUGGUAAAUUCGUUCCAAGAGCCAUUUAUGUGGAUUUAGAGCCCAACGUUAUCGACGAAGUGCGUAACGGCCCUUACAAGGACCUUUUCCAUCCGGAACAGUUGAUCAGCGGUAAGGAAGACGCGGCUAACAACUAUGCAAGAGGUCAUUAUACUGUCGGUAGAGAAAUCUUAGGUGACGUUCUGGACAGAAUCAGAAAGCUAGCAGACCAGUGUGAUGGGUUACAGGGGUUCUUGUUCACCCAUUCUCUUGGUGGUGGUACUGGUUCUGGUCUAGGAUCCUUACUGUUGGAAGAAUUAUCCGCUGAAUAUGGUAAGAAAUCCAAGUUGGAAUUCGCUGUAUAUCCUGCCCCACAAGUAUCUACCUCUGUGGUUGAACCUUACAACACUGUUUUAACUACUCAUACUACUUUGGAGCACGCAGACUGUACUUUCAUGGUCGAUAACGAAGCCAUUUAUGACAUGUGUAAAAAAAACUUGGAUAUUCCAAGACCAAGUUUUGCAAACUUGAAUAACUUGAUCGCUCAAGUUGUAUCUUCCGUGACGGCAUCAUUGAGAUUCGACGGUUCGUUAAACGUGGAUUUGAACGAAUUUCAAACCAAUUUGGUUCCAUACCCAAGAAUUCAUUUCCCCUUAGUUUCAUAUUCUCCAGUAUUAUCCAAAUCAAAGGCAUUCCACGAAUCCAACUCCGUGUCAGAGAUCACAAACGCUUGUUUUGAACCUGGUAACCAAAUGGUCAAGUGUGACCCAAGAGAUGGUAAAUAUAUGGCCACUUGUCUGUUAUAUAGGGGUGAUGUUGUAACAAGAGAUGUUCAAAGGGCCGUCGAACAGGUGAAAAAUAAGAAAACUGUGCAACUGGUCGAUUGGUGUCCAACCGGUUUCAAGAUCGGUAUCUGCUACGAACCUCCAACUGCUACGCCAAACUCCCAAUUGGCCACCGUGGAUAGAGCCGUAUGUAUGCUAUCAAAUACCACGUCUAUUGCUGAGGCUUGGAAGAGAAUUGACAGAAAAUUCGAUUUGAUGUAUGCUAAGCGUGCGUUUGUUCACUGGUAUGUUGGUGAAGGUAUGGAAGAAGGUGAAUUCACUGAAGCUAGAGAAGACUUGGCUGCUUUGGAAAGAGAUUACAUCGAAGUUGGCGCUGAUUCCUAUGCGGAAGAAGAGGAAUUUUAG